GUCAUAGUCGGAGUAGUGGUAGCGAGUGUCGCUCAACAACAAGAUCAAUGGAUGCCAUACAACAACAACUUUAAUUAUCAAUCACAAUUGCCAUACGAUCAACAGCCAAGCGAUUACUCCGGUAACUUUGAUUUUGGUGGUCAAGGACUAUCCGAACAUGGAGAUUUUGGUGGAGAGCACGGUGGUCAUGACCUAAAAUCUUACUCCUACCCUGUCCACCAACACAUAGAAGAAGAGAACCCGGAGCCUAUCAAACACUACAAAGAAGUCGUUGUCCCAAUUCCUAAGAACGUAGAAUUCAAAGUUCAUCAACCAGUUCUGAUUCCAGUGCCUCAUCCCGUCCCAAUCCAAGUUCCAGUUCCCAAAGCAAUCGUCAUUCCCAUCAUCAAAGAAGUAUCAAUCCCCGUAGAGAAAUCUGUACCUUACCCCGUAGAAAAGACGGUCCAUGUUCCCAAAAUCAAGGAAGUGCCCUUCGAAGUGAUCAAGCAUAUCAUUGUUCCCGUGGAAAAACCCGUUCCUUUUAAGGUACCGGUGUAUGAAACCAUUAUACACACAAAGAAGGGAUCUCACAAGAUCUAA